CGUCAUCUUCAGCGUUUUUUCUGGUCCUGCGUGUUCAGCGUGUCCCUCCGUCGGUCAACUGUCUGUCUCAUCUUGAGGUCCUCCAGUGGAUUUCUGUAAUUAUGUCCCGCUGUCUCGCCCUGGCGCGGUUCGCUCUCGGUUCUCCGAAAACCGGUUUACGUUUUACGUUCUGUGCGCGAGCUCUGAGCAACCGUCCUGUCUCGCGCUCCUUGGCUGGAGGCUCACACGCUGGACAGCUGCUGAGGUGGGGCGCCCAGCCCAAGGUAUGGAGGUCACCCUGGUCCUGCCUGGGUCACAGCCAGCAGUCCUACUACAGCACUCAGGAGGUUGAGAAGGAGCCAGAGGAUGAGCCUCUGCACACAAUCAUCAGCGAUACGGAGUCUGUGCAAGGUAGUUCCUCUGCACAUGAAUUUCAAGCUGAAACCAAAAAACUUUUGGACAUUGUUGCCAGGUCCUUGUACUCAGAAAAAGAGGUGUUCAUCAGGGAGCUGAUCUCUAACGGCAGCGAUGCACUGGAGAAGCUGCGGCACAAACUCAUCACAGCUAGUGGAGAAGUGGCUCCAAUGGAGAUCCACCUGCAAACUGAUUCUGCAAAAGGGACUUUUACCAUCCAGGAUACUGGAGUGGGUAUGAACAAAGAGGAGCUGGUGGCCAACCUGGGUACCAUUGCCCGCUCUGGUUCAAAGGCAUUCUUAGACGCGCUGCAGAACCAGGCGGAGGCCAGCAGCACCAUCAUCGGUCAGUUUGGAGUCGGCUUCUACUCUGCCUUCAUGGUGGCCAACCAUGUAGAUGUCUUUACCCGUUCUGCAGAACCCGAUGCCCCUGGGUACAAGUGGUCUUCAGAUGGCUCAGGAGUGUUUGAGAUUGCCGAAGCCAGCGGCGUCCAACAGGGAACCAAAAUCGUGUUGUACCUCAAAGACGAUUGUAAAGAGUUUUCCUCUGAGGACAGAGUGAAAGAGGUUGUAACAAAGUACAGCAACUUUGUGAACUAUCCCAUCUUCCUGAACGGACGGAGGCUCAACACUCUCCAGGCUUUGUGGAUGAUGGAUCCUAAGGAGAUCAGCGAUUGGCAGCAUGAGGAGUUCUACCGUUAUGUCGCCCAGGCCUAUGACAAGCCCCGCUACACUCUGCACUACCGCGCCGACGCCCCGCUCAACAUCCGCAGCAUCUUUUAUGUUCCUGAGUCGAAGCCCAGCAUGUUUGACGUGAGCAGGGAGAUGGGCUCCAGUGUGGCUCUGUACAGCAGGAAGGUCCUGAUCCAGACCAAAGCCACCGACAUCCUGCCCAAGUGGCUGCGCUUCCUGCGAGGUGUGGUGGACAGUGAAGAUAUCCCUCUGAACCUGAGCAGAGAACUGCUACAGGAGAGCGCCCUCAUCAGGAAGCUUCGUGAUGUCCUGCAGCAGCGAGUGAUUCGUUUCCUACUGGACCAGAGCAAGAAGGACCCAGAGAAGUACAACAGGUUCUUUGAUGAUUAUGGCCUCUUCAUGAGGGAGGGAAUCAUCACUGUCCAGGAGCAGGAUGUCAAGGAGGACAUUGCCAAGCUGCUGAGGUUUGAGUCGUCCGCUCUACCAGCCGGCCAGCACACCAAUCUGAUGGAGUACGCCUCCCGCAUGAAGGCAGGCACAAGAAACAUCUACUAUCUGUGCGCCCCCAACAGGCAUCUGGCAGAGCACUCCCCUUACUUCGAGGCCAUGAAGAAGAAAGACAUGGAGGUCCUGUUCUGCUAUGAGCAGUUUGACGAGCUCACGCUGCUCCACCUCCGAGAGUUCGACAAGAAGAAGCUGAUCUCAGUUGAGACGGACAUCGUGGUGGAUCACUACAAGGAGGAGAAGUUUGAGGACAGUAAGCCAGAGACGGAGCGGCUGACGCAGGAGCAGGCUGACGAUCUGAUGGCCUGGAUGAAGAACGCGUUGGGUCCAAGAGUCACCAACAUAAAGCUGACUCCUCGUCUGGACACCCAUCCUGCCAUGAUUACAGUACUGGAAAUGGGAGCUGCACGCCACUUCCUCCGAACCCAGCAGCUGGCGCGCUCUGCUGAGGAGAGAGCUCAGAUCCUGCAGCCCACACUGGAGAUCAACGCAGGACAUGAUUUGAUCAAGAAGAUGCACGCUCUGAAGGAUACCGAUUCUGAGUUGGCUGGAUUGUUACUGGACCAGAUCUACGACAACGCCAUGAUCACAGCAGGCUUGAAUGAUGAUCCACGGCCGAUGAUUUCCCGCCUCAAUGACCUCCUGUGUAAAGCGCUGGAGAAGCACUGACCACCUCCUGCAGACAAGUCUGGUUAUGAUUCCAGUGGCCGGCAUACUGGAGCAGGAUGCGACCGUAAACACUACUGGAGCUGUGGAGCACUUACCUUCUGCUGAUGGAGCACGCGUGUUGGAGUUAACAGCUGAAAACGAGCUGCUGGAAGCUUCUCCAUUAACUUAUUUCUUUUUUCAGAUCAAUAUUCUCACUGAGCUUUACGGCCAUAAUUAUUUCUGUGGCUUUCAUAUUGAGUACAGUUCCAGGAGGAUUGCCAUAUCGUUACAGGUUUAUGUGAAUGUUUCAAAUAUAAACAAUAACAGCUAAAACCGAACUAGAGUGGUGGUUGGAAAUCAAGCGUGUCCUAAAUGUUGUUUCAAACAUAGUGAAACAUUUCUGCUUAAACCAGGAUACUUGAAAUGAUGAAUUCUCAAGAAUUAUUAGAAAAUUUCAUCUUUUUUUGCAAAUAAAAACCGAGUCGUCUGUUAAA